AUGCGAAACCAAGUCCUCCGCUUUCCUCUUCCUUCCUCCCAUCCCACCAGCCUCCCAGCCUUAUCAAGUCCUUUUUUACAUCCCAUUCCUCCUUUCACCUUCCCAUUCGUUCAUUUCACCUUCAAACCCCUAUUGUCCCUUCAAUCGCUGCGAGCGAUCCUUUUUGCGGAUGCCUCUUUCCCCCUUCUCACUCUCUCCCCUCCUCCUCACUCUGUUUCCCCCUGCUCACUCUCUUUCCUCUUGCUCACUCUCUUGCUCACUAUGUUCCUCCCUGCUCACUCUCUUCCCCUGUCCUCACUCUGUUUACCCCUUGCUCAUUCUCUUCCCCCCUGCUCAUUCUCUUCCCCCCUGCUCAUUCUCUUCCCCCCUGCUCAUUCUCUUCCCCCCUGCUCAUUCUCUUCCUCCCUGCUCACUCUCUUUCCCCCUGCUCACUCUCUUUCCCCUUCCUCACCCUCUUUCCUCACCCUCUUUCCCCCUGCUCACUCUCCUUCCCCCUGCUCACUCUCUUUCCCCCUGCUCACUCUCCUUCCCUCUGCUCACUCUCUUCCCCCUGCUUCCCCGCUUCCCCUCGCGCUGCUUCCCCGCUUCCCCUCGCACUGCUUCCCCACAGUCCCCUCGCGCUGCUUCCCCCAUUCCCAUCGUUUCCCCGCUGCCACUCUCUCUUUUCCCCCUGCUCAACCAUCAUUUCCCUUCUGCCACUCUCUCUUUUCCCCCUGCUCAACCAUCGUUUCCCCGCUGCCACUCUCUCUUUUCCCCCUGCUCACCCAUCGUUUCCCCGCUGCCACUCUUUCUUUUCCCCCUGCUUACCCAUUGUUUCCCCCCCUCUCAAUCUUUCUUUUUCCCCUGCUUACCCAUCGUUUCCCCGCUGCCACUCUUUCUUUCCCCCCUGCUUACCCAUUGUUUCCGCCCCUCUCACUCUUUCAGUUCCCCCUGCUUACCCUUUGUUUCUUUUCCUCCUGA